AUGUGUGAAUACUGCAAUGUAAGCGAAAAAGCACGAGAAGAAUUGGUGUGGGUUCUGUCACAAAAAUAUCUGUAUCAUAUCGUGGAUAUAAUCACCCAUGCUAAGACCAAUAUCGAUGUACGAAACAUGUCUUGCUAUGCGCUAGCAACACAUUUGAUGACCGCAGUUCUUGCGGAAGUAGACGAUUACCGAUUUUGGCUGAAAUUUACGAAAAGUUUCUCCAAAUUGAUCACGGAUAGAUGUAUUACUUAUAGUGAUAACCGAAAAUUGCAUGAGUAUCUGGCUCCACUUAGUGGCUACAUCUUCCAGUAUGUUGGACAAAAUGACCCUGGAUUGGUGAAGGGUCUUUACAAGAAGUGA